AUGGCCACCGUCAACAUUCGCCGCGAUGUCACCGACCCCUUCUACCGCUACAAGAUGGAGCGUAUCCAAUCCAAGAUUGAGGGCAAGGGUAACGGCAUCAAGACUGUCAUUGUCAACCUGACCAGCGUCGCUGGCUCGCUCGCCCGUCCCCCUGCUCACGUCAUCAAGUACUUUGGUUUCGAACUUGGAGCCCAGACAAACACUAGCCCCAACGACGACCGCUGGAUCAUCAACGGCGCCCACGACGCCAGCAAGCUGCAGGACUACCUUGACGGCUUCAUCUCCAAGUUCGUCCUCUGCAAGAAAUGCAAGAACCCCGAAACCGAUGUCCACAUCAAGGAUGGCAACAUCACGCUCGACUGCAAGGCGUGCGGAAAGAUUUCCGAAGUUGACCCUCGUCUCAAGCUUAGCUCUUUCAUUCUCAAGAACGAGCCCAAGAAGGGCAAGAAGGACAAGUCUAGCAAGAAGGCUGAGCGCCGUGCCCGCAAGGAGGCCGAGGCUCGUGGCGAGGCUGGCUCGCCCGACAACGGCAGUCCCGGUGACAGCGCAGAGGAGAAUGGCGACGACGGCGACCUUGCCCUCGAGGCUGGCAGUGAUGACGAGCUCACUCGCCAGAUCAACGAGGGCGCCAAGGAGAUUGAGGAGGAGGAUGCCAAGGAGGUCGAGUGGUCCAUUGACACAUCUGAGGCGGCCAUCAGGGCCCGUGCCCAGGAUCUCCCCGACGACCUCAAGCGUGCUCUUGUCAUUGAGGAGGACGAAGAGGGUGGCUCCAACUACGACACUUUUGGCAAGUGGAUCAUCGACACGGGCGCAGAGAAGGGCGGCGUAGAGAAUCUCGACAACGUCGACAUCUACAUCAAGGCCAAGGAACUCGGUAUCGAGACCAAGCACCGCACCCUUACUGUCAUCCCCCAGACUCUGUUCACGGAGAAGAUUGUCAAGCAGAUUGACGCCCGUGCUCCGAUGCUCAAGAAGAUGAUCACGUCUGACAAGCACGAGAAGGCUUUCCUUGGCGGUAUCGAGCGCUUUGUGGGCAUUGAAAAGCCUGAGCUCAUCCCACAGGUAUCUGCCAUCCUGCUCAAGGUGUACGAGAACGACCUCGUGUCUGAGGAGCAGCUUCAGACUUGGUGCUCCAAGGCCAGCAAGAGGUAUGUUGACCUCAAGGUCAGCAAGACUGUUCGUAAGUCGGCCGAGCAGUUCAAGAAUUGGCUUGAGCAGGAAGAGAGUGAGGAGGAGGACUCUGACUAG